AGAGGGAGAGAGAGAGAGAGAGAGAGAGAGAGAGAGAGGGGGUCUGAAGAACACGUCCACUUAGAGAAACUGCGCGAUCUCAACGGCAACGGCGUAGAGAAGGGGAGAGAGAGGGAGAGAGAGAGAGAGAAAUAAAAAAGGAAUGGGUACGCUUCAGACUUGGCGAAAAGCCUAUGGCGCUCUUAAAGACCACACCAAAGUCGGCCUUGCCCAUGUGAAUAGCGAUUUCAAGGAUGUGGAUGUUGCGAUCGUUAAAGCUACGAAUCAUGUGGAGUGUCCACCAAAAGAGAGACACCUCAGAAAAAUUUUCGCUACCACAUCGGCGGUUCGGCCUCGAGCAGAUGUAGCAUACUGCAUACAUGCACUGGCAAGGAGAUUGGCGAAGACCCAUAAUUGGACGGUAGCCUUGAAGACACUGAUAGUUAUCCAUAGGACAUUGAGGGAGGGUGAUCCCACUUUUAGGGAAGAACUUCUGAAUUUUCAACAGAGAGGACGCAUUCUUCAAUUGUCAAAUUUCAAGGAUGAUUCGAGCCCCAUUGCUUGGGAUUGCUCUGCCUGGGUGCGCACGUAUGCUUUGUUUUUGGAAGAACGGCUCGAAUGCUUUAGAAUUUUAAAGUAUGACAUCGAAGCUGAGCGUCUUUCAAAACCUGCCCAAGCGCAAGAGAAGAAAGAGAAGCCUACUUUCUUAGCUUCGGUGGUUCUUUUUCACCUGAUCUUCGUUCUGGACAAGAGCUGUAUUGGACACUGGGAGGGACUAGAAGCAAAUUGUUCGGAAUGGAAAGAAAGAAAAAUUUGA